GGGCGGGCGGGCUGACAGUGACAGCAGCACACAUGUCACCUGAAGGACACGGACACCAUGCGCUAGGCUCCCCUCCCCCCUGACACAUGUCACACCCCCCGGUCGGCAGGCUGACCGUCCCCGCCGCCAUGUGCUCGCCUCCGUGCCCUCCCCCGUCAGGUGAUCCCCAUCCCCGGCACCAGUGCGGGCUGCACGUUUUCCCGGAUCAUGCAAUCCACGGCCGAGCUGGAUCCCAGAGACGUGUGGAGCAGAUCCAGAGUGAGCGUGCUCGGGGGCGCCGCCUGCCGCUCCAGCUCCUCAUCUUCACGCCGCCUGCUGCACCUCCAGCUGCCGCCGCUCUUAUAAGGGAGCGUCCAAGGAGCCCCUCGUAAGCGUACGUCUCCUCCGCCUUUCCUGCACCGCUUGCCCGGGGGUUACCGCUGCCAUCUGUCGCCUGGAACCUGCAGUGGAGGAUUACAAAGAGAGGGUGGUGUUCCGCUGCGUGUCCUCCCCUCCAGCUGGCUCUCCGGGGGGCUGGCUGCUGCUGCUGCGGGGUGCAGCGAGAUGAGCGCGUCCUGGUCCGGGCUGCUGCCGCUGCUGUUGCUGCUUGGUACUUGCUGUCUUCACCCGGAGAGAGACUGGGUACACGGGGCAAAAACACUCUGUGAAGAGUCUCAGUUUCAGUGUGGGAAUGGACGUUGUAUUACUUCAUUGUGGCAGUGUGAUGGUGAUGAAGACUGUUCAGAUGGGAGUGAUGAAAGGGACUGUGUAAAGAAAACUUGUGCAGAGGCAGAUUUUGUUUGCCGCAACGGCCAGUGCGUUCCCGAGCGAUGGCAGUGUGAUGGAGACCCAGACUGUGAGGAUGGCUCUGAUGAAACAGCUGAGCUGUGCCAUAUGAGAACGUGCAAAGAGACAGAAUUCAGUUGUGGUGCCCGCUCAAUGCAAUGUAUCCCAAUCUCUUGGCUCUGUGAUGGUGAACCGGAUUGUGACUCUGCAGAGGAUGAAGAGAACUGUCGGACUGUGACCUGUAGUCCAGCUGAGUUCACUUGCUCCAAUGGUCGCUGUAUAUCCAGCAGCUUUUACUGCAACGGUCACAAAGAUUGCAGUGACGGUAGUGAUGAAGUGAACUGCACCCCUCCCACAUGUGGGUCUCACGAAUUCCAGUGCAAGAACUCUUCCUGUAUACCUCUGAGCUGGGUGUGUGAUGACGAUGCGGACUGUGCAGAUCACUCGGAUGAGUCUCUAGAACAGUGUGGGCGUCAACCAGUCCCACCCCAGAGGUGCUCACCUAAUGAGAUUCUAUGUGGUUCUGGAGAGUGCAUUCAUAAGAAAUGGCGCUGUGAUGGUGAUGCAGACUGCAAGGACAAGAGUGAUGAAAUGAACUGUCCUUCUCGAACCUGCCAGCCAGAUCAAUUUAAAUGUGUUGAUGGGAACUGCAUACAUGGUACUAGGCAAUGUGAUGGUGUGAGAGACUGCCUUGAUGGCACUGAUGAAAAUCGCUGUAAAAAUGUCAAUCAGUGUUCAGGACCCGGAAAAUUCAAGUGCAAAUCUGGGGAAUGUAUCGAUAUACAUAAGGUGUGCAACCAGCAAUAUGACUGCAAAGACGGGAGUGACGAACCUGCAAAGGAGUGUAAGGUAAAUGAAUGUCUAGUGAAUAAUGGUGGCUGCUCUCACUUGUGCCGUGACUUGGUGGUUGGCUAUGAAUGUGACUGCCCAGCUGGCUUUGAACUGAUCGACAGAAAAACAUGUGGAGAUAUCGAUGAGUGUCAAAAUCCAGGCAUGUGCAGUCAGAUAUGUGUAAACCUAAAAGGAGGAUACAAGUGUGAAUGUAGUAAAGGCUAUCAAAUGGAUCUGUCAACUGGUGUUUGCAAGGCAGUAGGAAGGGAACCUUGCCUCAUAUUUACAAAUCGCAGGGAUAUCCGUAAGGUUGGACUUGAGAGGAAGGAAUAUAUCCAGCUAGUAGAGCAGCUAAGAAACACAGUAGCACUUGAUGCCGAUAUCUCAGGACAGUCUCUCUUCUGGGCCGACACCAUUCAAAAGUCAAUAUUUCGUGCCUCAUUGGACAGCCGUGAUAGCAUAGGAGACUAUAUGACAGUUAUAGAUGGCCUCCAUAGUCCUGCUGCCAUUGCUGUUGACUGGGUCUACAAGAACAUAUAUUGGACAGAUGCUGGAUUAAAGACUAUAUCAGUUUCAAACUUUGAUGGGUCUAAACGGAAGACUUUGUUCAACACUGGCUUGAAUGAGCCAUCUUCUAUUGCUGUUGAUCCAAUCUCUGGGUAUAUUUAUUGGUCAGACUGGGGAGAGCCUGCAAAAAUUGAGAAGGCUGGAAUGAAUGGAAUAGACAGACAACAGUUGGUGACAACUGACAUCCAGCGACCAAGUGGCAUUGUGUUAGAUUUGGUGAAAAGUCGUCUCUACUGGCUUGACUUGAAGCUGCAUCAUCUCUGUAGUGUGGACCUUGCUGGACAAGAUCGACGCAUUAUCCUAAAAUCUUAUGAAUUUUUAGCUCAUCCUCUUGCACUUACUAUAUUUGAGGAUAAGGUCUACUGGAUAGAUGGUGAGAAUGAAGCAAUCUAUGGUGCCAACAAGUUUACUGGACAAGAACUGGAAACCUUGGUUAAUAACCUUAAUGAUGCCCAAGAUAUCAUUGUAUAUCAUGAACUGGUACAGCCUCCAGGAAAAAAUUGGUGUAAAGAGAGACUUGCCAAUGGUGGCUGUGAGUACCUGUGCUUGCCUGCUCCACAGAUAAAUGAUCGCUCUUCAAAAUACACCUGCAUGUGCCCUGAUGGCUUACAGCUUUAUGAUGACCGAAGGUGUAGAAAAGGCAGUAAAGAAGACCAUACUACCAUUCCUACAGCAUUAAAUCCUGAAAAAGCACUUCCAGAGGAAGUCAAUAGUAACACAUCUGUAUAUGAAAGUGCAACCAAGGGUGCUUCUGCAGCCUGGGCAAUUCUUCCUAUCUUGUUACUAGUAAUGGCAGCAACAGGAGCUUACCUUAUGUGGCGGAACUGGCAGCGGAAGAACAUGAAAAGUAUGAAUUUUGAUAAUCCUGUAUACUUAAAAACCACAGAAGAGGACCUCACGAUAGAUAUUGGAAGGCACGGCGCUAAUAUAGGACACACAUAUCCAGCAAUAUCGGUUGUAAAUACAGAGGACGACAUGUCAUGAGCCUGGCUAUACAUAAUUGACAUUUCCCAUCCUCCUUCAGUCUACACUGCUUCAACAGGAUAUUUUGGUUCCAGAUGGUAACCAGUCCAGAAGCUGAACGCGUCCUGCCCCUUAAUGUGGAAGUGUGACUAUUUUGUAUGCGUGACACAGCUGUUACGAAUGGAACCUGCAAUGGAAACCUUUUGUAAAUAUUUCUUACUAAGCUUGUUCAGCUUUUGAAAAGGUUACCAUUUCAUCCAUAGCCCCCAUACCUUAUUUAUUUUCAGUGUUAGCAAUCCUUCACUCCACAUAGGCCAAGUACUGUAUAAAGCACUUUCCAUAAAAGCCAUAUCCCAGCAACAAACCCUGUGCUAUAUAUAGUGAAUGCACCUGUACAUACUUGUAUAGGCAGUUGUACAUAUCUCUGAGAACACAAUCACUAUUCUGAAGCACUUUGAAGUAUUUUUGACUGUAAAUAUUUUCUGUACACUAUGGGUUUUUCUUUUUCUGACUGGGGCAAUGGCAAUAGACUAAAACAAAACGGGUUAUUCAUACGAAAUUGCCAAAUAACUUCUUAACCUUAAACAAUUUUGUAUGCGUGAAUGCAGCUGUAAAUGUGUAUUGACUGUGACCUUUUUUGUAGAGGUAUACAGGGGUGUAUUCCCUAUCAGAACUACUGAAGUUUCUUGAGAAUUAAAUGAAAUGAUUUA